AUGACGUCGACGAAGAGGACCUACUCUCGGCCCACGCUGCGAAAGAUUCUCAGAGCACACUCCAGGAAGAAGGUUGGCACCAAUGUCGAUCCACUGGUUUUCCUCAACUACAUCCUGUUUAUAGAGGAGCUCAUGCAGACUGCGACUCGCAAAGCACACUCGGAACGAAAUAAGACCGUUACCGCGAAGGACAUCAGGAAGGUCACCAUAAGCGCUUUAAGACGAUUCAAGGGAUGA